UUUGGCGCGCAUCUGUGGCCGCGACUCGCUGCUCCCUCCCGGGUGGACUAACUGCUGGAGCUGCCGGUGGACUGGAUCUGUACUAGCCGGCUGCGGGUGCUUACACAGCAGGGAUGAGCGCGACUGGCGUUGCUCGGGUCCAGCAGGGCCUGAAAGAGGCUCUUAUCGAGACCCUGACAGCCAUACUGUCCCCGGUUCAAGAAGUGCGCGCCGCCGCGGAGGAGCAGAUUAAAGUUUUGGAAGUGACAGAGGAGUUUGGUGUCCACCUGGCUGAACUCACUGUGGACCCGCAGGGGGCGCUUGCUAUCCGCCAGUUGGCCUCAGUCAUCCUGAAGCAGUAUGUUGAAACUCAUUGGUGUUCUCAAUCGGAGAAGUUUCGGCCUCCAGAAACGACAGACCAGGCAAAGGCCGCUAUCAGGGUGCUGCUGCCAGGCGGCCUGCGGGAGUCCAUCAGCAAAGUUCGCUCCAGCGUAGCGUACGCCGUGUCAGCCAUCGCCCACUGGGACUGGCCCGAGGCCUGGCCGCAGCUCUUCACCCUGCUGAUGGAGAUGCUGGUCAGCGGGAACGUCAAUGCUGUGCACGGCGCGAUGAGGGUGCUCACAGAGUUCACACGGGAGGUGACGGACACACAGAUGCCCCUUGUUGCCCCUGUCAUCCUACCUGAGAUGUAUAAGAUCUUCACAAUGGCCGAGGUUUACAGUAUUCGCACUCGGUCCCGAGCAGUGGAGAUCUUCACCACGUGUGCCAACCUCAUCUGUGCUAUCGAAGAGCUGGAAAAGGGUGCUGCCAAAGCGCUGAUUUUCCCUGUGGUGCAGCAGUUCACAGAAGCAUUUGUUCAGGCCCUGCAGAUGCCCGACGGCCCAUCAUCUGACAGCGGCCUGAAGAUGGAGGUGCUCAAGGCUGUAACAGCGCUCGUGAAGAACUUCCCCAAACCCAUGGUGUCAUCUAUGCAGCAGAUUUUACCGAUAGUUUGGAACACACUAACAGAAAGUGCUGCUUUUUAUGUGAGAACUGAAGUGAACUACACUGAGGAAGUGGACGACCCAGUGGACUCCGAUGGUGAAGUUUUAGGUUUUGAGAAUCUGGUCUUCAGCAUCUUUGAGUUUGUCCACACGCUGCUAGAGAACAACAAGUUCAAGAGCACUGUGAAGAAGGCGCUGCCUGAACUUAUCUACUACAUCAUCCUCUACAUGCAGAUCACAGAGGACCAGAUCAAAGUGUGGACAGCGAAUCCCCAGCAGUUUGUAGAGGAUGAAGAUGACGACACUUUCUCCUAUUCUGUCAGGAUCUCCGCACAGGACCUGCUGCUGGCCGUAGCAGCAGAGUUUCAGAACGAGAGCGCUGCUGCUCUGGCUGCAGCCGCGACUCGACACCUCCAGGAGGCGGAGCAGGCCAAAAACAGCGGCAACGAGCACUGGUGGAAGAUCCACGAAGCCUGCAUGUUGGCCCUGGGCUCGGUGAAAACCAUCAUCACAGAGAAUGUGAAGAACGGUCGGAUACAGUUUGACAUGCACGGUUUUCUGGCUGGAGUCAUCCUCGCUGAUCUGAACUUGGCAGCUGCGUCUCCGUUCCUCCUGGGCCGGGCUCUGUGGGCCGCCAGCCGUUUCACAGCAGCGAUGUCCCCUGAGCUCAUCCAGCAGUUCCUCCAGGCCACAGUCAGCGGACUCCACGAAAGUCAGCCGCCCUCGGUCCGGAUUUCUGCCGUCAGAGCCAUCUGGGGCUACUGUGACCAGCUGAAGUUGUCAGAGAGCACACACGUCCUGCAACCCUUCCUGCCCAGCAUCCUGGAUGGACUGGUUCAGUUGGCAGCUCAGUUCAGCUCAGAGGUUCUGACCCUCGUCAUGGAAACACUGUGCAUCGUCUGCACCGUCGACACAGCCUUCACCACCAGUGCCGAGAACAAGAUCUGCCCUCUCACCAUCGCCAUCUUUCUGAAGUACAACAAUGACCCGGUCGUGGCAUCAUUGGCCCAGGACAUAUUUAAGGAGCUGGCGCAGAUUGAGGGCUGCCAGGGUCCCAUGCAGAUGCGCCUCAUUCCGACAUUGGUCAGCAUCAUGCAGGCCCCCAGCGACAAGAUUCCAUCUGGGCUUUGUGCUACAUCCAUCGACAUCCUGACCACAGUUGUGCGAAAUACCAAAUCCCCUUUGUCGGAGCUGCUGGUGUGUCAGGCCUUCCCUGUGGUGGCACAAUGCACGUUACGUACUGACGACAACACCAUCAUGCAGAACGGCGGUGAAUGUCUGCGUGCAUACGUGUCCAUCGCUCUGGAGCAGAUCGCUCAGUGGCGCGACGAGCAGGGCAACAGUGGUCUUUGGUACGUCAUGCAGGUGGUCAACCAGCUGCUGGACCCGAGAACCUCUGAGUUUACAGCUGCCUUCGUGGGCAGACUGGUGUCCACGCUGAUCUCUCGGGCAGGAACCGAACUGGGCGAACAGCUGGAUCAGAUCCUGCGUGCCAUUCUGAGCAAGAUGCAGCAGGCGGAGACUCUCAGUGUGAUGCAGUCUCUCAUCAUGGUGUUUGCCCACCUGGUCCACUCUCAGCUGGAGCCUCUGCUGGAGUUCCUGUGCAGUUUGCCGGGUCCCACCGGGAAACCUGCACUGGAGUUCGUCAUGACCGAGUGGAUGAGUCGGCAGCACCUUUUCUACGGCCAGUACGAGGGAAAAGUCAGCACGGUGGCGCUGUGCAAGCUGCUGCAGCACAGUCUCAACACCGACGACAAACGACUCCAAGACAUUGUGGUGAAGGGGGAAGAGAUCUUCAACCCUGAUGAGGGAAUCCGAACUCGCUCCAAAUCUGCCAAGAACCCGGAGAGAUGGACCAACAUUCCACUGCUAGUAAAAAUAUUCAAACUGAUCAUCAACGAGCUGUCGACGGUCGUGGAGGCAAACGCCAGCAGGACGAACGCAGCAGACUGGAGCCAAGACUCCAGUGGAAUGUGGGAAGAGCAGGACGAAGAAGGUGAGGAGGAUGAUGAUGAGGAAGACGAAGGACUGGCCGGACAGCUUCUGUCUGAUCUUAUCGCCUCCAACAAAUAUGACGACGAUUAUUAUGAGGAUGAUGAUGAAGACGAUCCUGAUGCAUUAAAGGACCCCAUAAAUCAGAUUGAUUUGCAGGCGUACCUCACCGACUUCCUGACCCAGUUUGCCCAGCAGCCUUGCUACAGCAUGUUUUCAGGUCAUCUCAAUCAAGUAGAGAGACAAACCUUACAGUCCAUUGGCCUCUAGCGCCCCCUGUUAUUGCUUUGUUGCUUCUACUUCAUCAUCUAUCGCCCCAACAGUUAAUGCACCGAUGUUGAGUUGUGUUCAAUGGACUAUGAUGGCAGCACAUCUUGAGGCGGGAAGGGAUACCUGCACUUACCCGAAGAUUCCUCUGUCUUCACUCUUGAUGGGAUGAAGGACCUCGCAGGUGUUUCAAUGAGGAGGACGCUGAAUUUAUGCAGUCGUCUUUUCCUCCUGUUUUAGUCAAGUCUGGACAGGUUGUAAUAUGAGGUCAGAGCAGGACAAGUGAAUACGAAAAUGUACUAUUUUUGCCUUGUUAUUAUUGUGUUUCUCUACAAACUAUGACGGAAACUUGAAGGUAAAUAAAAUAAUAAAGAGAAACUUUGGUAGCCUUAUAUUCUAGAUGAUGUUUUUGACAUGCGAAGCUCUUAAAACUGUUCGUCUUGUGUGUGUGUGCGGUUGGUAUUUUGAGACCGUUCCCACCAUGAUUUCACGGACCUGUUCUUCCCUUGUACCCACUGUCAUUUGGGAUUCAUUUCUAAAUAAAGUCUU